UAGACAGUCCAGUCCAGUCUAUGCAGUCAUAAUGAGACAGUGGCCAAGUUUGCUCACAGUUUUGCUCUUCUUGAGUCCCCUCAUUGCAGGGGACGUUGCGGAGAAGCCAUACAAUGAGAGUGAGGAACGUUAUAGCUCCUCCACUGUGGGAUUGUUGAAGCUGUUGGAACUAGAGAUGGAGUUUAUAAAGAACCUGAAGAGCUACACAGAUCUACUAUCCGCAAAAGCAAAUACCUUACAAGAUUUCAUCGACUCUGUGGAUCGUGGAACGGAGAAAAGCCUCACUGAACGCGAGAAAUACGUAUCCAAUCCGCUGAAUGCCUUUGGACUGAUGAGACGCACGCAUCAGGAUUGGCCCAAAUGGCACAACUACAUAAAUAAUACUGUGGGAAGGGAUCAACUACAAUCACUGGAUGAUAUUCUGACCAAGGCUCCGGAUAGUCAGGAUAUGAAGGAGGCCCUGGUGGGCAUGCAACGGAUAGAAAGAACCUAUGGGCUGCAGGCCUGUGACCUGGCAAAGGGUCGACUGCAGGACAGGCAAUACGACACUCAACUAUCCAUUCGGGACUGCUUGGCUCUUGGGCAGCACAAGUUCCAGGAAGGCGACUACUUCCGGGCUUCUCUGUGGUACCGAAUGGCCCUCAAGCACGAACCCGAACCGAACGCCGAGACAUUCAAUGAGAUUCUGGGGGAUCCACUGAAGGACUUGAAGCUGAACUAUGCCAAAGCCACCAUUAUAGAUGGACUAAUCGAAGAACUGAGCCCAGGAAAUCAAUCUCAAAAAAUUCAGCAGGUUGUGGACGUAACGGAGGAAGAGUUACACAAGUCUAGAGCAGCAGAGCUGGAUGGUUUCGUAACAUAUUUGCUGGAUCAACCAGAUGAUGAUUUGGCUCGGGAAAUGGCCGAGCCUGCCCUUAGCUCCUACGAAAUCGGAUGUCGCGGACUCUAUCCGAGGCGCACGAAUCUCGUCUGUCGCUACAACUUCACGACAACGCCAUUCCUGAGACUGGCACCCCUGAAAAUGGAGGAGGUAAACCACGAUCCCUAUAUCGUUAUGUACCACGAAGUUCUUUCGGAGAAUGAAAUUGAGGAAAUGAAGAGGCGAUCCAGUGAGAUGAGCAAUGGCUGGGCAGACAUGAAGGAGGAGAACAGUACAAAGCUCAGGGAUAUCGUAUGCCGUCAUUGCUUUUGGUCGGAACAGUCGGCCGUCAGGGAGCGCAUAAAUCGACGCAUAUCAGAUAUGACGGGCUUCGAUUUCCCACUGACAGAGAAUCUGCAGGUGGCCAAUUACGGCCUGGGCACCCACUUCAAGCCCCACUAUGACUACACAUCCGAUGGUUACGAGACCCCAGAUGUUCUAACCCUGGGCGAUCGACUGGGCACCAUUAUCUUCUAUGCUAGCGAUGUGCCGCAAGGUGGUGCCACUGUCUUUCCUCGCAGUCGUGUCUCGAUUCUCCCCCGAAAGGGUAGCAGCGUUUUCUGGUUUAAUCUAUACGACGAUGGCAGACCAGAUACUCGUAGUCAGCAUUCGGUGUGCCCUGUAAUCGUAGGCGAUAGAUGGACUCUCACCAAAUGGCUGCAUAUUGUUCCUCAAAUGUUUGUCAUGCCUUGCAAGCCGAGAGAGAAGUCUUAAGGAAAUCCAAUAAACAAAAAGUACAUAAAAAGGUUUCUGAAACUAUAAAAAGAUUGUUAGAGUGCACUGGCUCUGGAGCAGACUUCUGCUGAAAAUAUAUAAAGGAGAGAAAGCUGA